AUGUACAUCGGAGAUGAGGACAUCCACACUGCGAACGAGCGUCGACUUUUGAUACAUGCACAGUUGAAGUUAAUUAGAAAUGUUGCGAAGAAAUUACACACUGGAAAGGAUCGAACCGAUCAGAUGAUAACGGACACGAAAUUAUAGCUUCGGAGGUCCAGAGACAUACUUAUAAAGACAGUGACGAAACUCGUUCAGCGGGACAUGGAGAGGUUGCAAGAAAUAUGAAGUCAAGUAAACGUGCCUUAGGGCAAUGAUGUAAUAGCGGCGAAUCCCUUCCUAAUUGAUCGACGUUCUUUGAUCAGCGAACUGGAUUUUUCUGAAAUAACAGAGAACGGCACGUACGCUAUAAGCGACAGAGACUUUCAAGCUAAGUUUCUCUUUUGGUCUUCAUUAACAGCGAUUCAAUUGAGUCGCCUUUGCGGUGGUUUGACCAUUUAUAGCAGCGAGGAAUUCGGUUUCGUGAAUAUUUUGGUGCCUCGGAAACACAAUCAUGAUUGUAUGAAGUUAAUUCGCGGAAAAAUUGGUAUUCUACUUGGAAAUAUUUGUUAUUCUACUAAUUUUGCUGUUAAUGAGUUUCAUGACUACUUUUUGGAAGGAAUUCCGGUCACCUAUAACAAGGAUCUCCAGAAAGAUAAAAAAACCUUGUUUUCCUCGGACAAUGUUUUAAAUACUAACCUUGGAGUGCUAAACAUGCUUGAGAUGAAUAACAGGAAAUAUGCAAACGCUUUAACAUUUGGUAUGUUGGCAGCGGAUAUGGUUUACUAUCUCGUACGGAAAAGACUUGAUAGUCAAAAUAUAAAAAACAAAUUAUUAGAUAAUAUUCUCGAUUUCCCAUUUUUAUCAAUUUUAUCUAAUCAAUUUUUACUAGAUUUCAUUUAGAGAAACAUCACUUAACCAUAAAAGUCGUUGCUUUGUCAGAAUCAUUGUGAAUGUCUCUUGCGAAUUAACAUUUAGGCAAUUACAAAUCGUAAGAUAGAAAAUUUCAUUCACUGAAGUAUUCCAUUUCUCAUUCUAUAUAUAUUUUUCAGUGA